GCUUGUCAAUGCAAACACAGCCGGCAAUGCUCAACAUUCAGUUAAAUUGAGUGUUGUUGGUGUCGAUUCGAGCUUAAGCAUUCACAGUCACAUUCAGUAUGGUAAACAUACAACAUUCGCCGAAGACAAUCGGUCUAAAACCGAGUCCAAUUUUUAGGGGAAAAAAUAAAAUUCGGUUUAGACACUGCAAAGUAGUUUUAAAAGACAUUCUGAAAUGCACAGUCAGACUCGAACGGUUGUCAUCCGCCCAAAUUGCAAGAGCAUUGCGCGGUGAAUCUAUUUCCAUACGGAGCAAACCAGUGAUCAGACAACAACAAACACAGCCGGUGUAUGAGCAUGAAGACCAUUGUUAUUCGAAAGCAUCGAUGGUACCGGAACAUUCACGUAUCAAUGAUGUGUUGACAUCGAUCACGUCAAAAUAUAGCUCCUUCGAAUCGUCGAGCGACAGUGAAUCCAAUAUCAGUGACGAUGAUGAUAAUGAUGCUCCGAUUGAUGGUUAUUGUGUUGUCAAAGGCAAAGUAGUGGCUUAUCCAGUCACUCUCGAUUUGGACACUGAUGUUGAAGAGGCAUACAACUCUGUAGUAUGGAACGGUGAAGACACACAAACCGAACAGGAUUCCGGAUUCAACAACGACGAAUACAGCGAAGAUUUUAAGCAGACAAACGGCAUGGAUUUGGAACAUUCACCCGAUUCAUCGUCAAAUUGUGAUGACAGCGAUGAUGACAUGCGAUUUUUGAAUAACAUUGCCGAGCAAUUGGACCAGACGGAGGAUGUUGAAUCGGCAAAUUGUGAUGCAAAUGGCGAGGCGUGGCCGUCGAAUCGCAUUUUCGGUGAAAUUUGUCUGAAAUAUUUGCGUGACGCGUGCUAUGGUACGUAUUGUGAUUUUCCGCACGAAUUGCCGGAGACACAAAUUGUCGAAGGUCGGCUACGGUCCGCAUCACGUCGUGAAAUCGAAGAAGUGCAAAAUGAAAUUCUCUUGCAACACGAAGUUUUAAUGGAGAAAUUCUUUGCGCUGUUCUGCAAGUUUUAUGGUCGUGAAUGGCAGACGCAUCGUGAAUCGUUGCGUCGACUGAUCUCAGUGGUGAGCACACGACCAGCAGCACCGUCCUAUAUGAAGGAGAUUCUCGGCGGUUUUCUCAUCAGUGGCAUGGAGUAUAGUACAUGCAUCGAUCAACUGUUGCUGGAACUCGAUGAUUCGCUGAAUUCAGAGGAACGCUUCGAAAUCGUAUGGGAGCUAAUGAUUGAUCCACAAAAUGAUCGACUCAAUGACCAAAUCGAUGAGUUCAAACAUUUGUUGCUCAGCGAUGCAUUGGUCGCUGCGAGUGCCAUCAAUCGAAUUCUUGAACAUCAAAUCAAUGGUGAUUUGGCGAGUUUACGCGAUGCAACCAACAACAUUGUGAAAGGUACAUCGGUGGCAACAUUUCGUAAGCUGGAUCCAGCGCUGCUGAAGCAGUACAUUCAAAUGUUGCGUUCGUUAAAUUCGACCCACGGAAAAUUCAUCCAAAACAAAGCCAAACAAUUUGGUGUGAUUCUAGACUGCUGAAAUAGGGCCACACAGUCUACACACAGUGAUGAUUAUUCGAAUUUCGGAAACGAUGAACAUGUUCACUCAUCGUAUUUUAGUAAAUAAGAAAGUCGUGUACUUACCAAUAA